AUGAGAGCGGGUGGCGAUGGAACCAAUGGGCCAACCUCACUCAGAAAGAUCACAGGUACGACGCAGCAGACAUUGCGGAAACAUUGACCAUCCAGUUGCACUUCGGGCACAGUCCUGCAACACCCAGCCGUGUUCUUUGCUCGGAUAUGAUUCUCUUGCUUCGGGUAUAUCGCUUGCCUCGUCUAGCUGUGUGUAGGCUCCAUCUGAUUCGUGAACAUCGGCAGUGGAAGCUUGAACAGUCUCCUUUGACCCGAAUUCGUUUGGAAUGCGUGAUUGGCGAUUGAGGGCUAGGGGGUGUUUCUGAAAAUGUGGCGACAUUGUGGAACUCUCCUCCCCGACGGACUCUGCAGUGUAGGAAAGUAGAAUCGAUUUGGAAGGCGGGAUCCUUCACGUGUUGAAUUUUUGUUUUGGUUGGAGACAGCGAAGGACCUUGGAUUCAGUUUUCGCUUGGGAUUUUGACCUAGGUUUUCAGCAGAGUUGCAACAAUGUGGCCUCAGCUGGCAUGUGGUAAGCUGUCGGCGACAUGGGUGAUGAAUCCGCAGGCAGUCGCAGGGUUAGGCCUUGACAUGUCACAUGUGGCCGUUGUGGCCGUAGGAGGGUUUCCAAGAGCAUGGCGGCGGCAGGAGAAUUGGCAGGGAUGUGUGAUAAAUGUGGGAAAGUGUACGAUGCGAGGUAGACAGGUUGCGCCGGUUCGAUUUGCUGCCAUGAGCGGGAAUGACGCUGCGGAGAUGGCACAAUUGAGGUUAACCAGAAAUUCGGACGGCGUAGGAUGUGGUCCUGCGCGAGUGGAGGAGGGUUUGGUGUCCUCUGUGGGCACGGCUUCCCCGGCUCCUAUCUCGUUUCGGGAUUGGCACAUGGCUGAUAAGCAGCUGUUGGUCAUUUCUGCCGCUGCUUUUGCGACUACGGGAUUUAUGGCCAUUUUACUUGCAGCCGCUAUUCCAAGUCUAUUGGCAAUUAAGAAGGCUGCUGAAGCAUUGGAGAAGCUGGCAGAUACAGCGAGAGAGGAAUUGCCUGGCACCAUGGCGGCUAUUAGAUUGUCAGGCAUGGAGAUCAGCGACCUCACAAUGGAGCUCAACGAAUUAGGGCAAGAGAUUUCCAAGGGAGUUCGAAGUUCAGCUCGUGUACUUUCAUCUGCGGAGUCUGGAAUGCGGCAAGUGGGUGGUGUUGCUUCCAAUGUGUGGCAGGAGCAAGCAGUCAUUCCGGCACAAUCAAUGCAGCCAAUACUGGCCAGAACCGCAAAACAAGUGCGGGAAAGCCUGGUUCAAACUCGGACUCUCAUUCAUAACUUGCAAGUUCUGUCACGUGUCUCAGGGUGGAUCGGGUCCCUUCAAGGUCGUACUCCUAUAUUAAUUGUACCUACCCAGAAAAAAGAUCACAAAUCUUGAAGACUAGGAAUCUGCCGAUCAUUUCUACAUGGUAACGGCGAUCGCCCUUUGCGAGGAGGUGAUGGACUUGAAUGAAUGUUGAGUUACCUCUCGGUCAGAAUUGUAGAUUUAAAUGGCUUCUCUGGCCAGGUGCGCCUCUCUUUGGCUGGUCUGCACCAUUGAAUAUCAUGGUCGAGAUAGACUCUGUUGUUUCAUGAACAUAUUAGAGCAUGGAUUAUACAAGUAGAUCGGAUGCAGGAUGGAAAUGUCAAAUAUUGCUUUUAGUUCCAUCUGUUAUGCUGACCUCAACAGUAUGUAGAUCACAACAGUCCUUACCACUCUAGGGACCUAAAAGCAUUGUUCAGAUUGUGAAGUAACACAAUAGUGAACUCUUUGUGCCAAGUGUAAGUCUUGCAAAACCAUCUGAAAACUGGAAACUGUAAUUUAACAUUUGGGUUGCACAACUCA